GGUGUUUUCCUUUGUGUCUUUAACCUUGGGGAUAUCCUUUUUUUCCUAUUUUAGGAAUUUCUUUGUGACCCAAAGUUCAGUGAUGAAGAAGAUCUGGAGGAGAAGUUGGCAGUGUUCAAAGAGAAGUACAUGGAGUUUGACCUGAACAACCAAGGCGAGAUUGAUUUGAUGUCUGUCAAAAGGAUGAUGGAGAAGUUGGGGGCUCCAAAGACCCAUCUAGAACUGAAGAAGAUGAUCUCUGAGGUCACUGGAGGAGUUAGUGAGACCAUCUCGUACCAGGACUUUGUCAACGUGAUGCUUGGGAAACGUUCUGCUGUGCUUAAACUGGUGAUGAUGUUUGAAGGAAAAGCCAAUGAAAGCAACCCCAAACCUUCUGGUCCGCCUCCAGAGAGAGACAUAGCCAGCCUCCCUUGAAGAGGACAGGCUGAAAAGUUGGCACUGUUUGCUUUGCUGGCCUGUAACACAGGUUACCUGUGCUUUGUUACUCUCUACUGUGGACAGUUGUAGUUUUCAACUAACCUGCCUUAGAGGAACAGCAAGGGAAGCUGGAGAUGCCAGCUCAUGUCUUUCUGCCGCAUCCCUUAGCCAACUUCAUUUGUUAGACAGAAGCUGUAGCACCAAGUGUAAUGUGAGACCAAAAAA